GGCCGCGCCUCGGAUCACCCGGCACGUGAUGGACAAGCCCAGAUGACGGGCCGGCGGCCCGUCGAGCCCUCCCGAUGGUCCCCUUCCUUAAUAACUUCGGGUGUCCGUACCAUUCUUCCCGCCUGUGUGCAAGUUCCUCGACACCUCCUUAUCUCAAACCAUGAUGGACCACGCAAUCCACCAUGGACUCAACGGACACAGCCGACACGUUUCUCGCCCGCUGACUCCAGGAAUUUAUGCACCUAUCCCCACGUUCUACCAACCGGAGACUGAGGAGCUCGAUCUUACCACUCUCGCGGAACAUGUCGUUCGUUGCGCGAAAGCCGGCGUGCAGCCCCUCCUCGCAGGAUCCAUGGGCGAAGGCGCGCACCUAACACACGGCGAGCGUGUGCUGCUCAUCAAGACCGCACGGAAAGCACUCGACGAUGCUGGCUUCGAAUCGAUGCCCAUCAUCUCAGGUACUGGCACCGGCAGCACACGCGAGACAAUCGAGCUCUGCAAGGAGGCCGCGUCGGCAGGAGCGGACUACGCAAUUGUCAUCGCAAGCGGAUACUAUGCCGGUGUCCUGGCCGGUAACCCGAAGGCAUUGAAGGCAUUCUGGUCAGAGGUGGCGGAGAAGAGCCCUAUUCCCGUCGUAAUCUAUAACUAUCCCGCUGCGAGUGGCGGCAUCGACCUUGAUUCUGAUCUAAUCACGGAGUUGGCGACUGAGUGCCCUAACUUGGCCGGUGUCAAGCUCACAUGCGGUAGCGUUGGCAAGUUGACGCGGAUCUGCGCAGCCGUGUCCGACCCAUCUUUCUCAUCACUAUAUCCCCGGAAGAACCUUGAUGCGCCAUUCUUGGUGCUGGGUGGUUACGCUGAUUUCAUCCUCCCAUCCUCCUACGCGAACGGACAUGGUGCCAUCACAGGUCUGGCGAACGUUGCACCCUAUACAAUCAUGAAGCUCUUCCAGCUCUCUGAGGCUGCGCACAAGGACCCUUCCCUUCUUCCGGAGGCACAGCGUGUACAAGGUAUUGUUAGCCGAGCAGAUUUCACCAUCGCAAAAGCUAGUAUCUCCGGCACAAAGGCGUUGCUGGAGAAGAUAUACGGCUACGGUGGUGUUCCGCGCAAGCCUUUGCCUCCGUUCGAGCCUGCAGCGUUUGAGGCGCUCUGGGCACACCCCCAUGUUCAGGACAUCGUGAAGAUAGAGCAUGAGUUGAGCGGAAAGACGAAGUCGUGAAUGGUUGGUCAUUUGCCUACAGCAAUUUCCGUGGGCCGCUGAGGUGGCGGCGUGUGGGCGAUAGGAAAACCACGUUUUCUCCUGUGCAUGAUCCAUGUAACAUUAGAGCAGCACCGUUAGACGUUUUCCUGUACAAUGAGCUACAGCCCGAUGGAAGCAUCCAAUGCAGUGCAGCACCGAUGUCUGCGUUCCGGC